CCCAUUAUAACCUUGUGCUCCUUUUUAAUAGAAACCAAGACCAUUCCUCAGAGUCCGUAUGACUUCUAAUUCUGUCCUAAACUGAUGAUUCCACUCUCACUAAGUUCCUCUUGUUACUUUGAAGAGAUGACAGAAAAAGAGAAAAAUAGCCUGAAAGUAGAAUUGCAAGCUAGAGAUUAUGCAGAAGAAGAAACCAGCGAUGGAAAGUCUAGAAAAUGGUUGGAUUUAACUCUUGGAGGAAGCAACUCAUCGACAACUGAAAAUUCUUCUGAUUCCCAUAGAAAACCAUCCCCACUAAAGGUGUUUUCCUGUAAUUUCUGUAUGAGGAAAUUCUACAGCUCACAGGCAUUAGGAGGCCAUCAAAAUGCUCACAAGCGAGAAAGAGGAGCAGCUAAAAGAACUUAUCAGUCACAGAUGAUGAUGCUAGACUUACCCUUCGCUCCUUCCUUUCUACAGUCACUACGAGUUCAGCCACAUUCAGUAGUUAACAAGCCCAACAGGGAAGGAGUUAUGCCCAUUGCAGCAAGGAGCCAAGAUUUCAGCAUGACUUGCACACCCUUUGCCUUUGAGGAAGCAACAAAUAUGGCAUGGCCAGGGAGUUUUCAUAAGUCGAAAUUUUCCAAACCACCACCAGAACUGCAGAAGCUAGACCUGAACCUCAAACUGUGACCUCUUUACUAAAAGGUACAGACCUUUCCCAUUCUUGUAUCUCACCAUCUUUUUCAAGUCCAGAUUUGUGCUUGUUUUCAGCCAUGUUAAACUUACUCCAGAACACCAAGAACUCCAUCAGUACCAGGACGAAACCCAUAAUAAGUUUAAGGUUGUGUAUGUGCAGAUUUUCUACAAUAAGUGUUAUUUUCUGAGUUGCAGAUGUUAUAUUCAAAUUUUACCUAAAUAAGGUAACACAGGUUGUCAUUCAGUGGUUUGUUUCAGAUCAACAAUUCUGUAAUUAGUAUGCCGAAUUUAUGGGCCA